AUGUUACCCAUACUAAUCUGCUCAUUAUUAGUUAUAGAGGUCUUAAGUGAUCAAAUUUAUCCAGCCAUUGAGAAAUUAAAAGUCUAAUUAGAAAAUGAUGGAUGGAUAGAUUGUGAGAGUAAGGAAUUAAUUUAAGCAUCUACUUGCUCUGGAGAUGAUCUACUAUGGUUGGAAUGCUAUUUAGUACCUGAAAAUGGCUUAUGUUCCAGAUAGAAUAUUUUAACCAAUACUGGUGAAACUCUCACUUAUACCUUUACAUUUUACAAACCCACUUUUCAGAGUACUGAUAUAGUCAUCAACAAUCAAAAAAACACUGGGUCUGUUACUAUUUAAGAUGAUCUGGGAAGAGUAACCAUAUAAUAAUAAUCAACUUCUUCUUCAAUUAAAAUUAAUCAAAAAGGAGCCUAUUUUACAGGUCUAACAAUAAGUAAAGAUUGCAAUCCCAAUUGCAAGAGCUGUGUCGAUGGAUUUUGCAAUUAGUGCAACGAUAACGACUAUUUAUACAACUAUAAUUGUCAAUCCAAUGAUUGCGAUUUAAGUAUAAUUAAUAACAAUUUCAUCACAUCAUCAACAGGAGCCAUAUAAAAUGGAUAAUAUGUGGUCUCUUUGGUAUACAACUUUAAGAUUGCUUUUUGUUUGAUUCCAAAAGUUUAUCUAACAAAAGGUUUAAAAGACUCUACUAUUUUAAAGAUUUUGGAUCAGAAUUAAGUGUCAUAUAUCUCAACAUCAGGAACCCCUAAUUCUUUAUAGAUAACCCUAUCGCUAGACGAGGUUUAAAAUAACUGUCAGUAAUUCGAGACUACUUCGGCUUAUGUUUAUUAGUGUUAUAUUGGAGUGGCAUUGACCAGUUCUAAAAUAACUUAAUUCUUGGCCAUAAUUAUUGGGUAGAUCUCAGUAGAGAGAGCUACUUAGAAUGUAGAAUAAUUUACAUAAGCUGUUUCAAUUACUGGGGAUUCAAAUGGCACAGUUGGACCUGUGUUUGUUGUAAGUGAAACAGUCAAUCAAGAAAUUAAUGCUGAUAAAAAGAAAUUGACAGUGACCUAAUCCAUUUUAGAUCCUUAAUUUUCUAACUAUUAAAUCAUUUACAUGGAAGCAUACAUCAUUUAAAAUGGAAAGACCUAUACUCUAAAUUUGGACUAUUCGAUUCAAAAAGGAGCUUCAACAACUUUUGGAUUUAUUUGGGAUGAUUCAAAUUUCAAUCCAUCUUUAGAUUUUUAAUCCCAUAUCAACUCUCUUGCUGAACCAGCAUCUAGGCUACUCAGAAGAAGGUAACUUGAAGUUUCACUUAAAAGAGAAUAAUUAUAGGUAAUGUAUUAAGUUUAAAGUUAAAACAUCUUCUAAUCAACAAAAUUAAAUAAAAAGAAUAGUUGGUCAGAAUUUAUAGUAGUAGUAGCGGGGCUUAUAGGAAUGACUUUUAUUAUCUAUUUAAGCAAAGUGGUUUAUAAUCAUUAUAAGAAGAAGGAAGAAAAAAAUUAAACAUAAAUACCAAAAGAUGAAUAAAAAAUGGGUUGA